GGAGCCGGGGCUGUGCUGAGGUGGCAGAGGAAACGAUCCCGGAUGUGGCGGAGCCGGGGUAGCGGAGAAGGAGGAGAAGAGGGCUGAAGAUGGACUCCUCCGAGAAGGCGGCUGCUACCUCCUCCCCUCGAGGUCGGCCGCCCCGGGGUAGACCCCCAAAGCUACAGCGCAACGCCCGCAAUGGCGUGGGCAAAGGUGGGGAGAAGACCCCGCACAUGGCGGCUUUGAUUCUCGCGAGAGGAGGCAGUAAGGGCAUCCCCCUGAAGAACAUCAAGCACCUGGCGGGGGUCCCGCUGAUCGGCUGGGUGCUGCGCGCAGCCCAGGACGCCGGGGUCUUUCAGAGCAUAUGGGUUUCUACAGAUCAUGAUGAAAUUGAGAAAGUUGCCAAGCAAUGUGGAGCACAAGUUCAUCGAAGAAGUUCAGAAGUUUCCAAAGACAGUUCUACUUCCUUAGAUGCUAUAUCAGAGUUUCUAAGUUAUCACAAUGAGGUUGAUAUUGUAGGAAAUAUUCAGGCUACUUCUCCAUGUUUACAUCCUUCUGACCUUCAGAAAGUGGCAGAAAUGAUCCGAGAAGAUGGAUAUGAUUCUGUUUUCUCUGUUGUGAGGCGUCAUCAAUUUCGGUGGAGUGAAAUUCAGAAAGGAGUAAAUGAAGUGACGGAGCCUCUGAAUUUGAAUCCGGCCAAACGCCCUCGUCGGCAAGACUGGGAUGGAGAAUUAUAUGAAAAUGGCUCCUUUUAUUUUGCCAAAAGACACUUAAUAGAAAUGGGCUACUUACAGGGUGGGAAGAUGGCCUAUUAUGAAAUGCGAGCUGAACACAGUGUAGACAUUGAUGUUGAUAUUGAUUGGCCUAUUGCAGAACAGAGAGUAUUGAGAUAUGGCUAUUUUGGCAAAGAGAAGCUUAAGGAAAUAAAGCUCCUGGUUUGCAAUAUUGAUGGAUGUCUCACCAAUGGUCACAUUUAUGUAUCAGGAAACCAAGAAGAAAUAAUAUCUUAUGAUGUUAGAGAUUCAAUUGGAAUAAGUUUAUUAAAGAAAAGUAAUAUUGAGGUGAGAUUAAUCUCUGAAAGGGCGUGUUCAAAGCAGACACUCUCCUCUUUAAAACUGGAUCUGAGGAUGGAGAUUGGUAUAUCUAAUAAACUAGCAGUUGUAGAUGAAUGGAGAAAGGAAAUGGGUUUAUGUUGGAAAGAAGUAGCAUAUCUAGGAAAUGAAGUUUCUGAUGAAGAAUGCUUGAAGAAAGCUGGCAUGAGUGGGGUUCCUGCUGAUGCUUGCUCCAUCGCCCAGAAAGCUGCUGGGUAUAUUUGCAAAUGCAGUGGAGGCCGAGGUGCCAUCCGAGAGUUUGCAGAGCACAUCUUCCUACUGAUGGAAAAAGUGAAUUCCUGCCAAAAAUAGAAUAUAAAGUGGUGGUAAUUAUUAUAAUGAUAAAAAGGAAGAAGAAACUAUCCCUCUUCAGCCAUUUUGCUAUUAUUUUAUCAGUUUUACUCCCAUGUUGUAGUAGUUCAGAAAUAUGAUUUGCCCUGUGAUAUAGUUGAAUAGUUUUUAAAAGAAAACUUCUGAAAUCAAUAGCUCAAAAUCUGUUGUAGAAAUGGAAUGUUCUGUAUUACCUUUUAUUUGAAUUCAUGACUUAGGGUUGCUUCUGAUCUUUCUCAGAUUUUGUGUUAAACACAAUUAGCAAUAUUAUCAGAAGGUUAAAGCUUUGCAUUAUACCAAAUAAGACUGCAUGUUCAUGUGCUUUAAGUGAUUCUUGAGUUUUAUUUAUUACAGGACUGUGUGUGUGAUAAAAUUUGCACUAUCAAAUAAUAAAAUUAUAUUGCGCAAACAUUACCAGAACAAUCUCAUUAUUAUAGGACAGAAAUGUUACAGAAGCAUUCCUGAAAUAUAUUUUGGGUUGCCACUUGACAUAUGUUUUAGAAUUACUUUGAACUCCAAUACAGUGAUCCAAGAUAAUUCCAAUAGACUUAGGAUAGAAAAUGCUGUUUGCAUCUGAAGAAAGAACUAUGAAGAGUAAAUGUGGAUCAAAGCAUACUAUUUUCACUUUGAUUCAGGAAGACCUAUUUUCAAAUCUCAUCUCAGACAUUUAAUAACUAUUAUCCUGGGAAGUCAUUUAAUCUCUCUCUGUCUCAGUUUCCUCAUCUAUAAAAUGACAGCAGGAGAAGUGGCUAACAUCUCUGUGGCCAUUAAGGUGAACCUAUGAUCCUGUGAAAAAUCUUAACAAAAUGUUGAUUUUAUUUAUUAACUUAUUCAUUCAACAUUUUUUUUAUUGUAUGAUAAAAGUCAUAGCAAAAUUAAGAGAUUUUGUGCCUUAAAAAAAAUAGCAGAAAACAAGAGCAAUUAUCACUACCAUGUAGAUAUCACCAAAACUAAUAUUUCUACCUGUAAAUCUCUCCCUUUCAUUCUAUGUCCAACUGCUCCUUCAUAGCAACAUCAGGAUGGCCUUGUUGCACCUCAGAAUCAACACUAAUGUGUAGCACAAAUAGCAUUAGAUUUGCAGUUUGAAGAUUUGAGUUCAGAUCUUAUUUGUAUCUCUUACCUGCACAAGUCACUCAGAUUCUAUUUACUCAUAUUAAAAUGAGGGAAUUAACCUAGAUCAGAAGUGUUGAACACUUCCUGAGCAGCACAGAGGCAGCCCACACUCCUGAGUACAGCCUGAACCAAAUUAAAAUGCAACUGGGACAAAAAAAUUUAAAAAUACAAUAAAAUGUAGAUCAUAUUGCAUUUUAAAAUUGUCAGUGACUUUCAAGAGCCAAAAUAGCAGAAUAAGCAAUACAUUGCUGUAAUUCUCCCAUAUUCACUUCCAAGUAACCAUAAAAUAGUGUCCCCCAAACAAAUCCCGGAACAACAGAACCAUCAAAAGGAUGAGAGUGUAGUGGUAUCUCAUGGGGAGCCCAGAAAUCUGGAAGAUCAGCAAGAAAGGUCUUUAUCAUACAGGUAAAAGGAGAACACAAAGUCAGGAAGUGUCCCAGUAAACCCCAUUUUAGCAGAACAGUGAUGGAUCCUGGGUCCCAGUGCAGUGAAGCAGGCAAAUACUAAUACCAGGACACCCCAUGUGGACAGACCCCAGUUCUGAGAACCUUCACAUGCUUCAGUGUAGCCCUGAGCAAGCAGAUCUAAAGAAACAUGCAGCCACCAAUGUAGGGCCCCAGCCUCAUAGUUACUAGGAGCCACAUUGCCGAAUACCUGAGGCUGGUCCAGGGAAACAAACAUCUCACUGGUCUCAGUACGUACCAGCCCCCCAGAUUAGCAGCAGGUAAGAUGCAAGACCCUACAGUCUCUAGCAGCACCAGCCAGUCCCUGCCACCACCUCAGCACAGUGCUGUCCACUCAAGGUCCCGAGUACAUCACAGGGCAAUAUCAGUACAAUACCAGGUAAAAAGCUAGCUCCUGCAGCCUCUGGCAUAAGAUCCGGAGAUAGUCUCCCUCACAUCCUGGGAGCAGAAUUCAAAUAGAAAAGAAAGGGAAAAGGCCAAGAAAGAUGAGCAUAAAAACACCAAAAAAGGAAUCUGAACAUAGAAAGUUAUUAUAAUAACAGAGAAAAUCAAAACACAAAUUCAGAAGAGGAUGCCAUCAAACUACCUAAGGGAAAAUACCCAAAGAAAAUGGUCUUAAGACCAGAAAGAACUUAUGGAAAAACUCAAGAAGGAAUUUAAAAGUCAUAUAAGAGAGAUAGAAGAAAAAUGGGGAACAAAAUGAAAAUGAUACAAAAAGAUUGUGAAAAAAAAAAAGUUUGGGAAAAGAAAACAACUGUUUAAAAAGAAUUGGCUGCAACAACAACAUUAUACAAUGAUCAGUUUUAAUGGAUGUGGCUCUCUUCAACAAUGAGAUGAUUCAGGCCAAUUCCAAUGAUCUUGUGAUGAAAAGAGACACCUACACCCAGAGAGAGGACUGUGAGAACUGAGUGUAAUUCACAACAUAGCAUUUUCACUCUUUUUGUUUUUUGCUUUCAUUUUGAUUUUUUUUUCAUUUUUAUUCCAGUUUGAUUUGAUUUUUCUUGUGCAGCAAGAUAAUUACAUAAAUAUGUAUGCAUAUGUUGGAUUUAACAUAUUUCUACCAUGUUUAACAUAUAUUGGACCACUUGUGAUGGCAUUUAGUGGAGCAAGGGGAAUUAGAACACAAGGUUUUGCAAGGUUAAUGUUGAAGAAUUAUCCAUGCAUAUAUUUCAAAAAUAAAAAGCUUUAAUUAAAAAAAAAAAAGAAUUGGCUACAUGGAAAAUAAGAUACAAAGAUUUAGUGAAGAAAAAAAACUCCUUAAAGAGUACAGUUGGUCAAAAGGAAAAGAAAGUAAAAAAGCUAUUUGAGGAAAACAACACCUUAAAAGUUAAAAUUGGGCAGGUAGAAGCUAAAGACUAUGAGACAUCAGCAAUUAAUAAAAUUCAAAAGUAUGAAAAAGUAGAAGAAAAUGUAAAAUAUUUUAUGGAAAAAACAAUUGACCAGGCAAAUAGAUCUAGGAGAAACAAUAUGAGAAUUAUUUGACUAUUUAAAAACCAUAAAUCAAAAGGAAGACCUGAACAACAUCUUUAACGAAAUCAAAGAAAAUCAAGAGGACAAAACAGGUAUUAAAAGAAUCCACUGAUUACCUCAAGAAAGAGAUCCCAAGAUAAAACCCAAAGAAACAUUAUAGGCAAAUUUCAAAUUUCAGGUUAAGGAAAAAAUAUUUCAAGGGGACAGAAAGAAAGAAUUGAAAUAAGGGAGAACCAUAAUCAGGGACACGUAGGACUUUAGCAGCUGCAAAAUUAAAGGAUCUGAAAUCAUGGAACAUAUUCUAGAAAGCAAAGAAGUUCAAAGAGAAGGAUCUGGUGAAAUUAAGCAUAAUACUUCAAGGGGAAAAAUAGUCAUUCAAUGAAAUAGCAGAAUUUCAAAUCUUUGUAUGGAGACCAGAAUUAAACCAAAAAUUUGAUCUUUAGUAUCAAAACCCAAGAAGCAAAAACAGGUAAAAAGGUAAAGAAAAUAUAAGACAUGCAAUAGAACUAAACUACUUACAUCCCUACAUGGGAAAAUGGUAUUUCUUAUUCUUAAAAAUUGUAUCACUAAAACUACAGCUAGAAGGAAUAUACAUAAAUAGAGGGUAUGGGUAUAAGGUAAAUUAGAAUGACAUGAAAAUUAAAGAAUGAGAAAGAAAAGUGCACUGGAUACAAAAGGAAUAAAGAAGUAGAAGUGCAGUAAAUUAUUUCACAUAACAAGGUACAAAAGAUCUAUUUCAGUGGAGAUGGGAGAUGGGCAAUGAGCAUUGCUUUAAUAUUACUCUCUUCAGUAUUGGCUCAAAGAGGGAAUGAUAAAUGCAAUCAAUUGAAUAUAAAUAUUUUUCUUACCUGACAGGGAAGUAGAAAGGGAAGAAAUUAAGUAAAGAUAGUGGAAGGGUGUAGGAGGAAGACUGACAAAAGGGAGGGUAGAUCAAAAGAGAUGGUAGACAGAAGCAAAACACUGUGAGAAGGGAAAGGGUAAAAGGAUAGAGAGGACAAACAGGAGGAAGAAUAGGGCAGAGGGAAAUACAAAGAUAGUAAUUAUAACUGUAAAUGUGAAUGGGAUAAAUUCUCCCUUAAAACAGAAGUGAAUAGUUGAUGGAUCAAACCCCAAAAUCCUACAAUAUAUUGUUUACAAGAAAUACAUUUGAAGCAGAGACACACACAGAAAAAAAAGGUAAGGGACUAGAACAGAAUCUAUUAUGCUUCUGCUGAAAUUUAAAAAAAAAAAUUAGGGCUAUCUAUCAUGAUCUCCAAUAAAGCAAAAGCAAAAAUAAACCUAAUUUAAAGAAAUUAGGAAGAAAACUACAUUUUCCUAAAAGAUAAUAUAGACAAUGAAACAAUAUCAGUACUAAAUAUGUAUACAUCAAAUGGUAUAGCUUCCAAUUUUUUUUUUUUUUUUUUAGCUGAGACAACGGGUUAAGUGACUUGCUCAGGGUCACACAGCCAGAAGGUGUUAAGUGUCUGAGGCCAGAUUUGAACUUAGAUCCUCCUGACUUCAGAACUGGUGCUCUAUCCACUGCACUAGCUUCCCCUGCUUCCAAAUUCUUAAAGGAGAAAUUGAGUUACAGGAAGAAAUAGAUAACAAAAAUAUACCAAUGAGGGGUUUCAUUCUCCCUUCCAGAACUCAAUAAAUCCAAACAAAAAGAAAAAGAAA